AUGUCUCGAGUUCAACAAUACUGGCUUCCAGGGUAUGAUGACCUGUCUUGUUUAAAGGGGCGCGAAGGAUACCUCAUUACGGGCAUGCCUCUGACUCGGGACCAAAUCGAUGACCUCGCGGCCAUGUCUCGGGAGUAUGAGAGGCAGGAAGCACUUCGCAUGACCAAUCAAAGUACUACCUCUACCUCCAGCAAUGUCGGCGAUGGUUCAUCUCGACAGCCAUCAGAGCCGUAUAUCAACGAGAUUAUCCCAGUGGAUUCCAAUCGAGCCCGCAGGCGCCCUGUGGAACCGGACUCCAGAAUCGCUCGUUGA